AUGGGUAGCACGAGGAGGGACACGUCUCAGCUCCACAACGAUACCCAUCCGCUCGACCGAUAUCACUGUCCCUCUCGACUCAACAUCGGCAUCCAGUCCCAGUCUCAGCUAUGUCUCACCCGAACACGACAUUCCAAUCACAACCAUGGAAGUUACCGUGCUGCAACCCUUCGAAUCUCUGCCUACCUUCUACACAACCCCAGCCCUGUCGUUUAUUACCCCGACCAACCCGGCCAAUUCACUGUUCGCCCCCACAAUCAUCCUUCACUUCACCAAGCCAAACUCCACUGUGUACCGUUCCAGCCCCACGACCCCGUCUCUCCCGGGAUUCCCCAUGCACAACAUAUUCCAGACACGAUCGAGACCCACGUUUAA